AUGCCAUUUGGUGUGGAAAAGGCCUUGCAACGUGGAGCCAGGCGCUAUCCAAUGACCUCCAAGAGAGGGCACAAUUAUUACAAAGGUACCGGAAGUGGUGCCAUGGGCUGGCAUACAAAGAAAGGCGGUUAUAAAAUUGAUUUAAAAAAAGUUCGGACAUACGUAGUACCUGAUUUAUCAGACUGUAAGUACAAACCCUACGUUGAGCCUGAUGCUAGAAAAGGCAUUACAUAUAAUAUUUCACCGGGAAAAUAUUUGGAACUACUAAGAGAAUCUUUGGGAAUAGUAAGCACACCCAAAGCAGAUGAUACAACAAUGUCAACAGCAAAAUCACUUAGCGAACCAAAAGAGCAAAUCGAACGGGAUGAUAAGCCUGCAAAAGCAGAGCUUGAACAACCAAAAACUGAAAAAGUUUACGAAAGAGAAUCAUUGUUCUAG